AUGCCCGCGCUCUACUUCCUUUCCCUCAAACCUUCACCUAUUCCUCGCGAAUCGUACCUGCGACUAAUGCCUCUCCACAUCUGGCUCGGUCGUCUCCUCGUCAUAAUCUCGACAGCGCACGGCGUGCUGUACCUGGUUUACUUUUUCAAGAUGGGAAAGCAGCAGAACAUCUUACACUUUGCGAAUUUUGCGGGAGUCGUCAUUACCGCCGGAUUUGUGCUCACUCUUUUAGUAUCUUUCUAUUUCAUCCGCCAUCGCAACCACGAACUUUUCUACAAAACACAUCUGGCGUUUUCAUGGCUGUGUCUGCCGCUGCUGGCUUAUCAUGCACGACCGCGUGUAUGGGCAGUUACCAUUCUAUUGUUGGUCUGCAUCGGUGGCCAACUCUUCCAACGGCAUGGAUUCGGUCAAGAAAGUCGUCUGCAAAUACAAAAGAUUAGCAGGCAUACGAUUGUCGUUAGUCUACCCCGGAAGUUAUUUCCUAAGUAUUUUGAGCCAGGAUCACACAUCAGAUUAUCUCCUACGCGCGAAUCUGCACCGGUUUGGUUUCUAUCUGCAUCACAUCCAUACACGAUCGCCAGUCUCUCGGCAGACGAAGACACCGUUCAGCUAGUGGUCAAACCAUCGCGACGAUUCAAGCUCGAAGAGGACCGGGAAUAUAUUGUGCACGGUCCCUAUCCAUCACUGUCUUAUGACUUUUUUGUCAACAUGUACAAAGCAGACAAGCCUCUGAGAAGAACAGUUAUAAUAGCAGGCGGUGUCGGCAUCUCCUUUGCGGCACCGAUUGCCAAAACUCUUAUCAAGAUGAACGAGAGAGUUAAGAUCAUUUGGGCUGUGCGCUCGAAAGCAGAUCUGGGCUUGAUAAAGAUUCUUGGCCUUGAGGAUGCUGAUGUCUUUGUCAGCUCCAACGCGAACGAUCAGUCGCAGGAUCCGUUCUUGCAGCCGGUGGAACUUCAAGAUACUCUUCCCAGUUCUGGGUUCGAUGCUGCUGACCCCCAAUAUGUCGGAGAGCCGAUCUCGGAUGAGCUUGGAAACGAGGCGACUGAGUUUGGUUUGAAAGAAGGGAUCAAGGUGACAUAUGGUCGUCUGAACAUUGAAACUGAACUGAAGGAAUUCAAAGCUUUAGCUGAUGUCGAUAGCGGAGGAAUGUGGGUCAUCUCGUGCGGUAGUCGACGUCUCGUGAGCGAGUGCUCAAAAUGGGGACGCCGACUGGGGGCAACAGUUCACGAGGAAGUAUACGAUAUAUAG